GAAUCUUAGCCUGGGGUUCUUAUAACCAUGGGGAGUUGGCAGACUGGCUUCUGGAGGUCAGGGAUCCCUUGAAAUGAUAACCAAAAGAUUACAAGACCAUGUGCUGGGCAGACUCACUACUUGGACAUUUUGAAGUAGUUGUGUGUGUUUGCCCCACCAGAGCUGUUCUCUACCAUUUACUGUACUGCUUCACAAUGGGUGGCAGGGAGCUGAUAUCUACACACCGGGUCAACUUGGCUUCCUUUUCCUCUUAUUUCCAGUUGGGUUCAGCCCUGGUAGGAUAUCUGAGGGCUGAAGGAAAGGAAGGUCUAGGUAUCUAUUCCCUGGCUCCUACCCUGUUGGUCUGCAUACUUCCACCAAAGCCUGUAACACCAGCUCUCUCCAAGUUCCAGAACUGUUUUCUCCCCAGCAACUUCAGGCCUGGCUGCUAACAGUUCCCUGACCCCAGGGAGUCACCAUCCAUCAUUGCUUUCCCUUCACCCUGCCCAUGACUCCUCAGUCCUGUCUCUUAAGGGCAUAAUCUGUGUGUCAGCUGACCAAUACAGUAUUUGGCAACUACAUGCUUACAUCCUUCCUGGGUGUAAACCUCCAGGUGGACCUACCUGCUGGACUUGACCAGAAAUGUUUGGAGACCAAAGCAAAUCUGGAGGAGCUGGCAGUGAGCCGUGGGCCGCGCUGGUCUCAGCCAGAUUUCCCGGCAAAACGCGGGAGGAGAGAUGCCCUGGACCGUCCUGCUCUUUGCAGCCGCCUCCCGUAUCUUGCUUCACAGGCUCCUUGGCUAUCCCAGCGCCAUCCAUCAUGCUGGUGCCCCCACAUCCCAGCAGCCGGGAGGACCCCAUCCACAUCUCAUGCAUGGCCCCCAGGGAUUUCCCGGGGGCGAAUUUCACACUGUAUCAAGGGGAGGAGGUGGUGCAGCUCCUGCAGGCCCCCGCGGACCAGCUCAAGGUCAUCUUCAACCUGAGUGGUGGCAGCAGGGAGGUUCCAGGGGGACCAUUCCGCUGCCAGUAUGGCGUGCUCGGCGAACACAGGCAGCCUCAACUGUCAAACCUCAGUGAGCCCAUGCACGUCUCCUUCCCAGUGCCCACCUGGAUCCUGGCACUCUCCUUGAGCCUGGCUGGAGCCUUCCUCCUCCUCGCUGGGCUGGUGACCAUUGCGUUGGUCGUCAGGAAAGUUAAAGUAAAACACUUGAAGAAGAAACGGGAGCGAGAGUCCUGCUGGGCCCAGGUUAACUUCGCCACCACAGACAUGUCCUUCGAUAACUCCCUGUUUACCAUCUCCAAAAUGACUUCAGAAGAAGACGCAGCCACCCAGGAUGCUCCCUCAGGCUCUGCUGCGACACCUGGCAACUCUGGGACCCGGAAGAGGCCCACCUCCACGUCAUCCUCACCCGAGCUCCCAGAAUUCAGCACAUUCCGGGCCUUCUAGGGGAGCCCCUCCCUCUGUCUGUGUGCCCUCCGUUCAGCCCUCCCCCUUGAGCUGGCUGGGCUUUGUAGGGUCUCAGUUCCCUCCAGCUACCUUGGGGACUUCUGGCUGCUGCUUCCUCAGGGCAGUGAACAGAGGAAAUGAAAGGGAUCCCCUGGCCUUGCAACCUUCCUCACAGAGGAGCAGGAGUGGGAGAGGGGAUGCAAGCAUCGGCCUGGAGCCUGGACAGAAAGCAGGAAGCCUCUCUGGAUUGCCAGCUUUUCAGACCACCAUGAAAGGAGCUGUUAGGAUCCCUCAACUGGGCCAUUAUGAAGUGUGAGCUCUGCACACACCCCUCCGCUUUCCUUCGUCCCAUGCCACACCUGACUUAGGUUUUUGGAGCAUAGGGUACCUGGGGGUUAUAUUCUAUGUGUCCUGCUGGCAUGCCUAAGUUAUUAAUUAUAAUGCUUGG